UGGUGCAACUUAUUGGUUUUAGCCACUUAAGUAAUGAAAUGGAGAUAACCUAUGUUGGCUACAUUAUAAAUACAACUCUAUCUGGAAGGUCCAGAGUAAAUAUUUAUUAAGCAAAAUUGACAGAGAGCGAAUGUCUUUGUAUAAAGAACAUAUAGUCCAUCUUUUCAGCUUGUGGAUUUCUGAAUACCAUCUUAUGCUCAUAAGUAUUUGUAUGAAAGACCCUCCCCCAUCCAUCAGAGCAACCUAUAGAACCUCUAGUCUCCGCUCACCCUCACACACACUAAAGAUGUGCAGACGCGUGAAUACUGACAGUCUUGUGCGCACUGGGACAGUUAAACUGCACCUACUGAACUUGAACUAGUUUAAGACUCUUAAGAUAUUAAGAAAAUGCCUGUGCUUACAUUAAACUUAAGCAAUGCAACUUUGGAGAUGGAAGCCACCGGAGACGAACCCCGGAACGAGCAUUUAGCUCAAAUCGAGAUCGCGCUGCUGAGCGUCAUCUUUCUCUGCUCAUCAGCUCUGAACUUUGGUCUGCUGCUGGUUUUGUGGAAGAAGAGACAGCAGAUGUCCAGGAUGCGCGUGUUUGUGACCCAUCUCUGUUUGGCGGACCUGGUGGUCGCCUUUUUCCAGGUGUGUCCACAGCUGAUGUGGGACAUAACAGACCGUUUCAUCGGCCCUGACCUCGUAUGUCGUUUGGUCAAGUAUCUGCAGGUCGUCGGCAUGUUCGCCUCCACUUAUAUGAUAGUUGUGAUGACUGUUGACCGUUAUCAGGCGAUCUGCAACCCCAUGGUGACUUUCCAGAGGCGGCGCGCGCACUGGAACUUGCCCGUGUGCGUCGCGUGGCUCGUGUCGUUCGUCUUCAGCGUCCCGCAACUGUUUAUUUUCUCCAGGGUUCAGAUCGCCCCGGGUGUCUACGACUGCUGGGCAGAGUUCAUUCAGCCGUGGGGACCUAAAGCGUACAUGACGUGGACGACGUUGGUGAUAUUUCUGGUGCCCAUCGUAACUGUGACGGUGUGCCAGGUGCGCAUCUGCCGCGCGCUGCAGAUCAAUCUGUACCUGAAGACCCAGCAGCAGCAGCAGCAGCAGCAGGGAGGUGAUGGUGGACACCCGCACCCUCUUUCCUCCAGAACCAGCAACGUGGCGUCGGUGUCUAAAUCUCGGAUUAAGACCGUGAAGAUGACGGUGGUGAUCGUGCUUGCCUACACCGUGUGCUGGGCUCCGUUCUUCACCGUUCAGCUGUGGUCUGUGUGGGACGCGGACGCUCCGACUGAGACUGCAACCUUCACCAUCCUCAUGUUGCUGGCGAGCCUGAACAGUGUUGCCAAUCCGUGUAUCUACCUACUUUUCACCUUGAAGUCCCCCAAACUGUUGGGAACUCUACUGUGCAUGAAACACACAGACAUGAAGGAGUCACUGCCUGAGGAGGCUACGAUGGUCAGCUCUCUGUAUCUGAGCUUUAAAAGCCAGUCUGAAAAUCGAUGAAAAUGAAACACUAACAAACAUGUCCAAAUGCAUGCAAAUGCUACGAACAUGUACCAUAUUAGUAUUCUUCAAACUACUAAGUACGAUGUAAAUAGAACAUGCAUAUGGUUCACCACUGUAUAUAUCACAGUACCACAUCACUGUACCAUGGUACUAGCACAGUACUUCUCUGUAAAUAAAAUCACUAGGCAUCUCAUUGUGGAGUUGUCUCCAUAUAUUGAAGCAUAUCAAAUUCAGAUUCAUUUUUACAUUGAAUUAAUGUUAUGUGAAUUUACUUUCCUCCUACCCUGAAAAGAUUUUUUUUCUUCAAAAACUUUUAUUAUUUCUAUUAUUUAACUCUACAUAACAAGCAGGAAAUUGCUCACAGUGUGUACUGUCCUAAUCACAAUCACAGUGGUGUACAAAAUACAGUGUCUUUAAAU